AUGGUAGGCCGGGAGGAGGAGGUGAAACUUCUUGAAGGAUGGUUAUUGGCAAAUGAGGAAGAAUGUCCCAACAUUAUCACCAUAUCCGGGGAGGCAGGAAUUGGCAAAACAACUGUUGCAGAAGCUGUAUAUGAGCAAGGCCAAAAAGACUUUGACUGUCAUGCUUGGGUCUUCGUGUCUAAAAAUGAUUCAACUAGGCGCGUCAUGCAAAACAUAUUGAAAGGAAUCCUGAAAAGCAUUUCAGUCAUGGCUCCAUACAAUAUAGACACAAUGGGAGAAAAGCCCUUGAAGAAGUUGAUCAACAGUUGGUUGAUUGGAAAGAAGUUCCUGCUGAUCUUGGACGAUAUUCCAUCAUGGGAAAUCGUUGAAGUUGUAACUAAUGUUAUGCCUAGAGGCCGAGAAAAAACAAGGAUACUUGUUACUUCUCGGGUAUCAAAUGAGCUCAAUGAAUGCAAGUUAUGCAAACUAAAUUCAGUUGAUUCAUACCACUUGCUCCACAAGCAUGCCUGCACCUCUGAGCGUGGCGAUGAAUUCUUUUCAUCUGUAGAUUCAGUAGCUAAGGAAAUUGUAAGACUAAGUUGUGGUCUCCCUCUUACUAUUGUAACAGUUGGAAGGAUGCUCUCAACAAAGCACACGGCUGAAGAUUGGAUCAAAGUCCAUCAAAUGUUUUUGAGAGGAGCUAGCUUCAUGUCAUUAUGUUAUGCUGAUUUGAGCCCAGAACUCCAAAGCUGCUUCUUAUAUGCUGCCUCGUUCCCUAUUCAUUUUGAGAUCUCAUGUAAAAAGAUGAAGCGUCUGUGGAUAGCCGAGGACUUCGUGCAGCACGAAGACAACAGAACUUUGGAGGAAUCAGCACAGGAUCAACUAGAUGAGCUCAUCCACAGGAACAUGAUUCAGGUAGUCAAGAGAAACAUAGAUGGAAGGGUCAAAACUUGUCGAAUCCUCAGAAGGAUGCGAAAAUUUGCUUUGAGACGAUCGGAAGGAGAUCAUUUUACUGUCAUCCUUCCAAGCUUAAAGCGUGCGUUCCCUGAGAGAUGUCAUCGUGCAUUUCUAUAUGGUGCCAGCUAUGAUGGUACUUCAACGAGUAAGUUCUCUCAAAAAAACUUUAGCGGGCUGUACUCUUUUCUUGCACUUGAACUAAAUCAGCACCAAGCACCCCUUAAUUUAAAUGACUUCAGAUUGUUAUGUGUCUUGGAACUUCAAGGUUUUUGUCAUGAAUCAUUGCCUGAUGCCAUAGGAGAUCUAUCUUUACUGCGGUAUUUAGGAUUGAGGAGUGGUAAGAUUAAGAAACUACCAGUGUCUCUCAAGAAGUUAAAGAGAUUACAAACUUUGGACAUUAGGGACACAUUUAUAAGGGACUUGCCUGAUGAUUUAGAAGGCUGGCAGAAGCUGAGACAUCUUCUUCUUGAAGGAUCAUUUGCCGACAAGGUAGUGAAUCUUAGGGAUGGGAUUAUUGAAGCCUUUGUAGAUCUGCAAACGCUUGCUGGACUCAAAAUGACAGAAGCUAUAGCAAAAGGGCUAAUUAAUUUAAGAGGGAUAAGAAAAUUAUCGAUUGGUGCAGUACAAGGUUUACAUUUGCUUCCCUUGUUUAAGGCUGUCGAAAGGAUGGAAUUCCUCAGAUCCUUUACCAUGAAAGGUUCUUUUGAGGAUGAAAGUUACAAGUUUCCAUUCCCUCAACUGUACAGCCUGGAAAAGCUUUGUAUUGGUGGUCCUAUGAUGAAUAAUUUACUUGAUUGGGUUGGUAAGUUACACUAUGUUAAGAGUUUAUAUUUAUGGGACAGUAAGCUUACUAAAGAUCCUCUAAGGUCUCUCCAACAUCUGUCUAAUCUUAUGGUGCUAUCAAUUUGCAAUUCAUAUGAUGGGAAAAACAUUGAGUUUGGACAUGAAGGCUUCCCCAAACUGAAGAAAUUAUCCAUUCUACAUUGUCAAAAUCUUAAAAGUUGGGAAGAGAUACCACAUGGCGCAAUGACAAAGCUUGAGACAUUGAAUUUUGGAUAUUGCCCUUCUCUUGUUGAGCUUCCAAAAGGAUUGGAGAAGCUAAAUUCUCUUUGUUCCAUAGAAGUCUCAAACAUGUCAUCUCAGUUCAUGCAAUAUGUUCAUGAAUUACAAUCAAUUUCCAGACUUUCGAUAUCUAUUCGAGGUACAGUACAAUAA